UCCAUUAGGACCCUUCUACUCAUUUCCAAGCCCUAACUUGGAAAGGACUCAGGGGGGGAUUGUGAGAGAGAGAGAGAGAGGGCCAAGAGAAGGCCAAGGCCACGGCCAUCUCCUUCCUCUCUGCCUGAUUCAUAAGCUCACUCACCCGCUCAUCUCCCCUUUCUCUCUCUAAAACCUCUCUCCCCUGUUCCUCGCUUUCUCUCUCUAGACCCCUCACUCAUUCUGCUCUCUUGGCUCAAUGGACCCCACAGCUCCUGCCUCUGACGGUACUGCCGUUCUUACGGCCGACCCUGCGCCUCCGCCCGCCACCGUCCUCAACCACCCUUCCUAUGACGAGAUGAUACUGGCAGCUGUCGCGGCCCUGAAGUCCCCCGGUGGGUCGAGCAAGAAGGCGAUAUCGGACUACAUUCAGCAGAACUACCCGAACCUGCCCCCGAACCACGGGACCUUGCUGACCCACCACCUCAGGAGCUUGAAAACCGGCGGCCGCCUCCUCAUGACCAGGAACAACUACCGGCUGCCCGACCCUGAAGGCUCCCCCCGGCUCAGGAGGGGCCGCCCAGCGAAGAGCCAGGCCGUCCUUGCCCCUGAUGCCAUCGUGCCUGUGCCCUCCGAUGGCGAGGCGCCGAAGGCUGACGAGGCUGGCACUUCUGGGUCGCAGAAGCGUGGACGUGGAGGAGGCCGCCGCCCGGCCAAGAGGCAGAACACUGGGCCGGCGGAGGCUGUGCCUCCACCGGCAAAUGCAACUGGCAGGCCGAAGAGGGCCCGAGGGAGGCCAGCUAGGCUGAUGAAGGUCCCCUUCGAAAGGGAAGCUGGGGGCGCGCAGGCUGUGUCUGGGCCCCAGGACCAGCCGAAGGUGGUGGCUAGUCGGGUGGAGAAGUUGCCUGUGAGACGCCGUGGACGACCCCCAAGGUCCAACACCGCUACCGCUCGGGCCGCUGGCCAUCCCCAGUCGGCGGGUCCGUCCACAUCAGUUGCAGCUCCACGUGUGCAUGACAUUGAUUAUGAAAUCCUCCAAAAGAAAGUUGAAGUCAUGCAAACUAGGAUCAAGGAUGCUGUAGCUGUUCUGAAGCCCCAUCUGGCUGGUGAAGGUUCCCCUGCUAUAAUGAAUGCUAUCGUAGAGCUGGAGGCGAUUGCAGCAAUGGACAUGAAGCCAACCCCGACUGCGGACUGAAUGCAACAUCGAGUUAAGGACUCUAGUUUUCUCAGCAAACAUAAAAUAGCGAAGGAGUAGGAAAGGAAGUCGAGGACUGAUCAUGUUUUUGAGGAAGGAUGAUUUGGUUAGGUUUGCCAGCAUUCUAACCCGACCUGACCAAGAGGAAUCUGUAGAGUGACAAAGGUGUGACAUAUUCUUAGUCCUGAUGGUAUAUGGUAUAGCAUCGAAAUUUGAAUUGAAGUAGAGGGGUUUCUUUCUGUGCAGCAGUUAGGAUUGGACAGGUCAUGAGAUUUUCCUUUAUAUCCGAGUUGAUUUGACUUCAUGUUGAACUUCUGUUGAUUUUAAGAUGGCAUAUCGAAUCUCUUUUGUUGUUGCACAUUCGUUGACUUUAGUAUUUUGUUGAUCCAAAUUCGAGUGGCUUUAUUGCGUGAUUUUUAAUU